CCCCGCCAGGCAAAAGUAUUCGGCUUCAGUUCGUCGUGCGGCAACUGCUGUAAUCGUUGCAUUUUUAGUGGGUAGCUCCGUGUGUGAGGUGAUUAUUUUAUUAAAUUUUAUCCAGAAUGAGCUGGCAGGAUUACGUUGACAAACAGCUCUUGGCUUCCCGUUGCGUUACGAAAGCCGCUAUCGCCGGACAUGACGGAAAUGUGUGGGCCAAAUCAGACAACUUCGAUGUAACAAAAGAGGAGCUAGCCAAAUUAGUUCAAGGUUUCGAAAAACAGGACAUCCUCACAUCGUCAGGCGUCACCUUAGCCGGCAACAGAUACAUAUACCUUUCCGGCACAGACCGCGUAAUUAGGGCCAAAUUGGGGAAAGUAGGCGUACAUUGCAUGAAAACGACACAAGCCGUCGUAGUAUCCCUCUAUGAAGAUCCAAUCCAACCCCAACAAGCAGCGUCAGUGGUAGAAAAGCUAGGUGAUUACUUGAUUACCUGUGGCUACUAGAGAUAGUGUGAGCCGCUAUAAGCAGCCUUGCCGUGCGGCGACAAAUAUAAUUAUUAAAGUUGUAUUUUUUUCAAUAAUAACAGCGAAGGCAAUGUGUAUAUCGAGUGCAUCAUCAGUAUAUAAAGUUUUUCAAUACAGGAACAUUGUUUUCCUUUAUUAAACUACUACAAAUAUAUGUUAAUGCGGUCAGCUCAUUGAUUUACUUCAUAGUGAACAGUGUGGAUUAUAUUAUAAGCAUCUCCCCCAUCCCCGUCUUAGGAUUUUUGAUUUUGACUACUUCAGCCAAACCACGGAUGCUUAUAAGAUAAAUCACUUUCGCCCAAUCAUAUAAUUUUUUGACUGUGGUCUCAUUUACAUUGUUUUUUUUUUUAAGAAUAUUUAGGAUACUUUAGGUAGGACGAUUUCCAAAGGCCACGCCUACCUAGCGAGGCCUCUGAAAAUGCCCGUAUUUUUAAUUUUAAUUAUAAAUUUAAGCAUUUCGUGUUAGCUUUUCUUAUACCAUUGCUAUCUCUAAAUAUUUGAUACUGAGAACUUACAGUUUAGGGUUUUUUAAUAAAAAAAUCUCUAGUCCCGCUGUUUC